GUUUGGCUCAGGCUUCCCUGAACUGGGGAUUCUCCCCUGCUCCUGCUCCUCCUCCAGAUCUGAGGGGGCGGAGAGAGACACAGUGCAGGCGGUUGCCCCCGGCACACUGAGACCCACGGGGCCAGUAGAGCCAUCAGGAGCCAUCCCUCUCUCUCCCUCCCUCUGUCUCCCUCUGUCUCCCUCCCUCCUUCACUCUCUCUUAUCCCUCUCUCUCUUUAUCCGUCUUUGAACUGCUCCAUCAAUUCUCUGGUGGUGCCUUAGUGGAUAGAGCAGCCUGGAUUUGUUCCUUCUUCCCUUGGUUUAUCUCAGCACCUGCAUGCAUCUGGACUACUUCUACUACUACUACUACUACUACUGUUUUGGAUCUCUCUACGCCACUUCCACUCUCUAUCCUUCUUCCUUCCUUUCUUUCCUCUCUCUCUCUCUCUCUUGCUCCUCUGUUCUUAUGCCUGUGUGGCUUUGGAUUGACGGCUGCCGGCACGUUCUGUGAUGGGCUGCAGGGCUUUUUCCUUGUGGAUUCAGCAGUGGUCCUGAUGGAUUGCAUGGCUUUAUGGAUGGUUUCUCGCAUGGCUGCACUGGAUCUGAGGGAGGUGCUCUGAGGAGGAAGAGGAAGGACUACAGAGGAAGAUGAGUGUGACUCUGUGUCGCUGGGAACAGAAGAACGUCACCAUGAAACUGAUUUACACGGAUUGGGCGAACCAUUACUUGGCGAAGUCGGGGCAUAAACGACUCAUCAAAGAUUUGCAGCAAGACGUAUCGGACGGAGUGCUGCUUGCGGAAAUCAUUCAGGUCGUAGCCAAUGAGAAGAUCGAAGACAUCAAUGGAUGCCCAAAGAGUCGGUCUCAGAUGCUCGAGAACAUUGACGCCUGUCUGACUUUUCUGGCAGCCAAAGGUGUGAACAUACAGGGUCUGUCUGCGGAAGAGAUCCGCAAUGGGAAUCUAAAGGCGAUCUUGGGGCUCUUCUUCAGCUUGUCUCGCUACAAGCAGCAGCAGCAGGGCCAGCGGCAGCAGCACCACGCUGCCCAGCAACCCCCGGCCCCGCAGAGCAGCGCCCCUGCCCAGGUCACCCCCUCGCAUGGGCUUGCCGCCUCCUCUCAGGGUCCCCACCUGCCUGCACACAAAGCACAGGCAGAGAUGCAGUCCAGGGAUGCCUCACAGAGUAAACUGCUCAAGUUUUCCCUUGGUCAGAAAAAGUCUUCUAGACUCCCCGCCCCCACGUCCAGGAUGUCCACUGCGGGCAGUGACAGCUCUCCUCGUGGGUCCAUCAGCACUGCAGGCAACCGCCGCAGCCAGGGCUUCAGUGACAAGUCCAAACCCGCCCCAGCGUUGGCCAAAGACUCAUCAGAAGGUGUGACCUCCCAGCCUCCAGGCAUGACUGACCUCGCCCCCUCGUCCUUAGGCUCCGGCUCGGUGACCUCCUCCUCGUCCUCCAUCUCCUCCUCCUCGGCCAUCCCGCAGCCCAACUCGGCCGGCAAGCCCUGGAGGAGCAAGUCCCUGAGCUCCAAGCACACAGCUACCUCCACCGCCACGCUCUCCGUCAAGCAGGAGAACCCGGCCAUAACCACCACCAACGGGGCGUCUAAGCAUACCGUGUCCUCUGACGCGCCAGCCAAAGCGGCAUCCCAGAAGUCAAUGCUGGAGAAGUUGAAGCUCUUCAACAGCAAAAGCGGCUCCAAGUCGUCCACGCCCGUCCAGCAGACGCCGGCAGACAGCGGACAGAGCGGCGCCGCACUGAGGGACUCUGGGAUCGUGGUGGACCGGGUCGAGGGCGGGUCGAGCACGGACCUGCUGGACGAGAUCGAGGGCAACUCCCGACCCGUCAACGGUUCCUCCAGCGCGCCGACGGUCACGAUCGCCAUGACGACCAGCAGCCCAAAGAUCGCCCUGAAGGGCAUCGCCCAGCGGACGUUCAGCCGGGCGCUCACGGCCAAGAAGAGCUCGGUAAAGGGCGCCGAGAAGGAGAAAGAGAAGGAGCGAGCAAAGGAGAAGGACAAAGAGCGGGCGAAGGAGAGCUCCAAACGCACCUCCAUCCCCGAGCGGGGGGAGCCCAGAGAUGUGGAGCCCAGGGAGGAGAACGGCACUGGGGGAGGUGCGACAGAGGCUGAGCCCAAACGUGCCUCCAAGAUCGCCAGCUUCAUUCCCAAAGGAGGUAAAGCAGGGGCCUCCAAGAAGGAGGGCUCCACCACGAUACACAGCGGGAUACCAAAGCCAGGUGCCAAGGGCUCCGGGAUGGGAACAGGCCAAGGGAAAGGCUCGGGGGCUCCCCCUGGUGGUAAAGAUGGGGAGAGGCCUCGCAGCAUGCGUCUGGGCGGGGGUCUUGCUCUGCACAGGGACAGCCGGCACUCCUCGUCUUCCUCCAGCCUGGCCUCCACAGAGGGCAAGGGCCAGCAGAGCCACAGCGCCGCCGCGCUGGUCAACGCCAAUAUCACGCAGUCCACAGCCAGCAACACAGUCAGCGUCCAGCUGCCCCAGCCCCAGCAGCAGUACAGCCACCCCAACACAGCCACCGUGGCCCCCUUCAUGUACAGGUCUCAGACUGACAUCGAUGGAAGCAUGUCAUCAGAGAUGAGCUGUGGAGGCAGGGCCGACGACCCGUCAAACUUCGGCAAGAGCAGCCAGACCUCGAUAGAAGAUCUGUCAGGUGAAGACCCCGAAACCAGGCGAUUACGAACCGUGAAGAACAUCGCAGACCUCCGACAGAACCUGGAGGAAACCAUGUCCAGUCUAAGGGGAACCCAGAUCUCGCACAGCACCCUGGAGACCACCUUCGAUGGCAGCGUCACCACGGAGAUCAGCGGGAGGAGCCUGCUGGGCCUGGGCUCUCGGCCAGCGCCGAUGUCGUGGCGCAUGGGCCAGUCGAGCCCGCGGCUGCAGGCGGGCGACGCUCCCUCGCUGAGCAACAGCUAUGGCCGCGGCGGCACGGGGGGCCAAGGCCGAUUCCUGUACCCGGGCGGGGCCCUGCGGCGGCAGCUGGCGGCCCGCGGGAGCGCCCUGUGCAGCCUGGAGCUGUCGGACCGCGCCGACGAGCUGGAGCUCAGCGGACUCGCCAUGGACGUGACGGGCUACAUGAGCGACGGAGACGUGCUGAGCAAGAACACGCGCCCUGAUGAUGUCACCAGCGGCUACAUGACGGACGGGGGCUUGAGUCUGUACUCCCGCCGGCUCAACCGGAUGCCUGACAACAUGGCGGCGGUGAGGGAGAACCUCCAGAGGAACGCCUCCACCGGCCAGGGCGAUGCAGACAGUUGGGACGACAGCAGCUCUGUCAGCAGCGGGAUUAGCGACACUAUCGACACUGAUGACAUCAACACCAGCUCCUCCAUCAGCUCGUAUGCCAACACUCCGGCCACCACACGCAAAACCCUGAGUGGACAGCCUCAGACGGACGCAGAGAAACACUCAGCAGUCGAGCGGCACUCCGCAUGGUCGGGUGACGAGGUCAAGAGGUCAGACGGAGGCUCGGACAGCGGAGUUAAGAUGGAACACGGCUCCAAGUGGCGACGGAAUCCCUCGGACGUGUCGGACGAAUCGGACAAGGGCGGCACGGGACGUAAGAUUCCCGCCAUCUCACAGACGGGCUCAUGGCGGCGUGGUAUGACGGCUCAGGUUGGGGUGACCUCACCCCGCCCUAAGACUGGCACAACAGCGGGCAGCACUGGCACACUCAAAACUCACAGCACUGGUAAAACAGAUGACGCUAAAGUCUCAGAGAAGGGCUGCCUGCCCACACACUCCACCAGCAUCCAGCGCUCACCCUCAGACGCGGGCCGCAGCAGUGGGGACGAGGCCCUGAGGAAGCCUUCAUCCUCAUCCUCCUCCACCAACGCCUCCUCCGCACGCAUCCCAACCAGCACAUUUGGCUUCAAAAAGCACGGUGGUGCCGCCGCCAUGGUAACCACCAGCAGCAUCUCCAUGGUGACGGCCAGCGGUGCCACCAUCACCAGCGGCUCGGCCACCCUGGGGAAGAUCCCCAAGUCCUCUGGGCUGGCAGUUGGGGGCCGAGGGUCCGCGCUGAAGGGAGCCGCAGAGGAUGGCUACCUGUCGUCCAGCGCACGCUCCACCCUGCAGUACCGCAGCCUACCACGGCCCUCGCGCUCAGGAGCUGCCGCCAGGAACGGCAACCGCUCCUCCACCAGCAGCAUCGAGUCUGGCCUGAGUGCCCGGGCACCGGGCCUGUCCGCCCUCACCAGCUCCAGCAACACCAACGCACACACACACACCCUCGCACACGCCCACGCACACACACACACCUACUCCCACACCACCCCUGCCACCACAAAGCCCUGCGACGUGCCCAAGGGUGGCAGCAGCACCCUGCCCUCCAACCAGACCGACCGGGAAAAAGGUGCCUCGGAGGUGGACCCCAUGAGGGCCAGCGGAGGGUCCUCUACCAUCCCCCAGACCUCCAGGCAGCAGAGCAGCAAGUAUGCAGAGGUGUCCUCACCAACACUACGCAGGCUCUUCGGUGGUAAGGCUGCUAAGCAGGCCCCGGUCACCACCGCCGAGAGCAUGAAGAACUCGGUGGUGAUCUCCAACCCGCACGCCACCCUGAGCCACACCCAGAGCUCGGGGCCCCUGGACUCCCCCUCGGCGGUGCCCAGCAGUGGCGGCAGCAGCCCCCUGUACGGGGGCCGGGCGACGGGCAUGCUGGGCAGCGAGCAGGCCUCCAGCCCCGGCUCGGUGUACUCCACGGGCACGGGCACCUGGGGCACCACCAUGAGCACCUCCUCGGCGCUGGGCUACCCAUCCGUCUCCAGCAUGCACACCAGCAGCGAGUCCAUCGACAUGUCGCUGGGCAGCGGGCCGCACCGCGACGACGGCCACGCCACGCUCGCCAGGACUGGCAGCGCCAAGACGGGCAUGACUGAGAGUCCUCUCUCCUCGCCCUCUGCUAGUCCCAAAUUCAGCCGCAACACAUUACCACGGAAACAAGAGAGUGACGCAAACAGUGAUAGAAACACUCUUCCCAGGAAGGGACUCAAGUACAGGUACACUCCCUCCUCUCAGCUGCGCAGCCACGAGGAAGCGCGUGAUUGGCUGCGCUCACACUCCACUAGUGGUCUGCAGGACUCGACCAGCAACUCGCCGUUCUCCACCGGCUCCAGCCUGACCUCUCCGUCCGGCACGCGUUUCAACUUCUCCCAGCUUGCAAGUCCCACCACAGCAGCACAAAUCAACCUGGCUAGCCUGCGAAACAACGGCAUGACCAAUCAGGACAGCCCACUGGACCCAGGAGACUCCCGCCUGCGUAACUCCUGCAUGUCAUUGGACGAGAAGACGAGGACCAUGAGCCGCUCCGGGUCCUUCAGGGACGGCUUUGAAGAAGUUCACGGUUCUUCUCUGUCGCUGGUGUCCAGCACUUCCUCCAUCUACUCCACGACGGAGGAGAAAUCUCAGUCGGAGAUACGAAAACUUCGCCGAGAGCUGGACGCCUCCCAGGAAAAAGUGUCCGCCCUGACGACGCAGCUCAGUGCCAACGCUCAUCUGGUGGCUGCCUUUGAGCAGAGUUUAGCUAACAUGACCAUACGUCUGAAGAACCUGACCAUGACAGCGGAGCAGAAGGACUAUGAGCUUAAUGAACUGAGGAAGACCAUUGAGCUGCUGAAGAAGCAGAAUUCUGUAGCCCAGGCUGCCAUCAACGGAGUCAUCAACACCCCUGAGCUCAGCUCCAAAUCUGACAGGACAGCUGGGAGCAACGGCUCGGGGCACCCAGACCUGCGUAUCCGCAGGCAGCACUCAUCAGACAGUGUCUCCAGCAUCACCAGCGCCACCAGCCACUCCAGCCUGGGCAGCAACAUGGACAACCCCGAAUCAGCCAACAGCAAGAACAAGAAGAAGAAGAACUGGCUACGGAGCUCCUUCAAGCAGGCCUUCAGCAAGAAAAAGUCCCCCAAAUCAGCAUCCUCCCACUCGGACAUCGAGGAGAUGACCGACUCGUCCCUUCCCUCCUCAGCUAAGCUGCAUCACAACGGCUCCGCCUGCUCCACCCCUCUGCUCAGGAACUCCCACUCCAACUCACUGAUGUUGGACUGUCUGGAUGGCGAGGCGGACACGGUGAUGCAGCUGCGGACUGAGCUCAGGGAGAAGGAGAUGAAGCUGACAGACAUCCGCCUGGAGGCGCUCAGCUCCGCCCACCAACUGGACCAGCUCAGAGAAGCCAUGAACCACAUGCAGUCUGAUAUUGAGAAGCUGAAGGUGGAGAACGACCGUCUGAAGGUGGAAACUCAUGGAAACAGCAGGGCCCCCUCCCAGAGCUCCACCCACCACCCCAGCAGCACGCCCACACCCGGCCUCUCCCAGCACAGCCUCAACCUCACCGAGUCCACCAGCUUUGACAUGUUGCUGGAUGACGCAGGGGCUGAUGGGAGUUCCCGUAAGGACGGCAGACAUGUGAAGAUCGUGGUCAGCCUGGAUGACGACUGCAAGAGGAGAGAGCAUUGCCGGCCUCAUGAGUUCCUGAUUGGUUGCAUCGGUGUAAGUGGCAAGACCAAAUGGGAUGUUCUUGAUUGUGUGGUUCGACGGUUAUUCAAGGAGUACAUCCGGCACGUGGACCCUGUAAGUCAUCUGGGCCUGAGCUCAGACAGUGUGGAGGGGUACCGCAUCGGAGACCUUCUCCGACCCCACGGUGCCCUCACCCCCGAGCUCCUGCCCUGUGGGUACCUGGUGGGGGACAACGACACGAUCAACAUCUCAGUUAAAGGUGUGAGUGAGCACUCGCAGGACAGCCUUGUGUUUGAGACGCUCAUUCCCAAGGCCAUGCUGCAGCGCUACAUCUCCCUGCUGCUGGAGCACCGCCGCAUAAUCCUCUCCGGACCCAGCGGAACCGGCAAGACCCAUCUGGCGGCCCGGCUGGCCGAGCACCUGGUGCUGCAGGAGGGCCGGGAGCCCAGCGACGCCACCAUCGCCACCUUCAAUGUCGACCACAAGUCCAGCAAGGAGUUGCGUCAGUACCUGUCCGGCCUGGCGGAGCAGUGCAGUGUGGAAGGCCAGCAGGCGGACGCUCCGCUGGUGGUCAUCCUGGACAACCUGCACCACGUCAGCUCUCUGGGGGAGAUCUUCAAUGGGCUGUUCAACUGCAAGUACCAGCGCAGUCCUUACAUCAUUGGCACCAUGAGCCAGGCUACUUCCUCCUCCCCCAACCUGCAGCUUCACCACAACUUCAGAUGGGUACUGUGUGCCAAUCACAUGGAGCCUGUGAAGGGCUUCCUGGGUCGGUACCUGCGCAGGAAGCUGAUCGAGACGGAGAUCAGCAGCCGUACAAGGAACCACGAGUUGGUGAAGAUCAUUGAUUGGAUCCCGCGUGUGUGGCAUCACCUCAACCGCUUCCUAGAGGCUCACAGCUCCUCUGAUGUCACCAUCGGCCCGCGUCUGUUCCUGUCCUGCCCCAUGGAUGUGGAUGGCUCCAGAGUUUGGUUCACCGAUCUGUGGAACUAUUCCAUCAUCCCCUACAUGCUAGAGGCAGUUAGGGAGGGGCUGCAGCUGUAUGGCCGUCGAGCAGCGUGGGAAGAUCCCGCCAAGUGGGUCCUGGAGACGUUCCCAUGGACACUGAGCCCCCAGCAGCCUGAUUGGCCGGCACUGCUGCAGCUCCGCCCAGAGGACGUGGGCUUUGACGGUUACUCCGCCCCCAGGGAGGGGGUCUCCAAGCCUUCUACUCAGAGCGACAGCGACGCUGACCCUCUGAUGAACAUGCUGAUGAGACUUAAGGAAGCUGCCAACUGCUCCAGCCCACAGAGCUAUGACAGCGACUCCAACAGCAACAGUCACCAUGACGACAUCCUUGACUCCUCCCUGGAGUCCACGCUGUGAUCAAUCCUUUUUCUUUCUUUUAUUGUCUCUUUCUUUUUAUUUCACUAAUGACUUUUUAAUACGUUUUACAUUUAUGUUAUGGCCAGGCAACAAAAUCGAAUCGCCUCUGUAACCUUAUCUUCAGUCAUGAAGGAACAGUUUGGGUGCCGGUAACCCAAAACCAGAAAAGACAAGACCACAAAGACAAGACAAGAGAAGAAAUGAUAACUGCACUACUUCUAUUUUUGCAACUAUAUUUCAAGGGGCUUUUUGCAAACAUUGUUGGAUGUGAAAAUGGGAGUUGGAAGACAAAGACUUUAAAAGCAUUUAACACUGUGUGGAGGGAGUAUUUCUGUCCAAAUCCAUUACCUCACAAAACCCCUCUCAUCCCCCAUUGUACUAAAUGGUCUCCGGAGGAACAGUUGGUGCUAACGGCCCCCUCUGCUGGAAGUUUAUGUCACUGCACGGAGCCCAUGCCUCAUCCACUUGUAGCAGCCUUCCUCUCCACUCUCUAUGCCCUCUUAGCUCAACUCUGACUCUCAUUAACCAGCACUCCCACUCCCAGCCUUUGGGCUGGUCAUCACCACACCACCAUCUCUUCUUCAACCCAGCAACACUUCACCAGACCAGCAGGAGGCGCUAGCCAGAAGUCAUCUUUAUGGCUGUUAAAAGAGCAAUGCACAAGUUAUACCUGCAAGAAGCACAGCAUAAUCAAUCAACAAUAGUAGCAUUACAAUAGAGGAGCACAUAUGAAAACUGUUAAGACAAUUCAUCAUCAUAGUCUCCUAACCAGUUUUGAGAUGGUACUCAUAUCUAAAUAUCUCUGGCACAAUCCUGGGAGACCAGUCAUCAGUCAACUCUUUGAUCAGGCAAAGCAAAGUCACAGAUAUGCUGAAAAGACAAGAUCACAAGUUCAAAACUCUCAUCAUGGUUCAGAUUGGAUCAUGAUGGAGGUUGCCCCUCCCCAUCCUGCCCAUGUGACAGUUUGAGCUUGGGUUCAGCGGGAGUGGGUGAACUUACAUGAAGUGCUUUUUUCUACCUUAAGUUUACCCUUAAUGCCUGAGCAUCUGAGUUCUGCGUGAAGCCUUGAACAGACUCUUGCCUUCCAGCUGAAAAAUACCUUCCCAGUCGGGGUCGGGUUGUCACUUGUUGUAUCCCAUGGUGCAUCUGUCCAUCUUCAGCAGAAGCAAGGUGCUGCUGGACCAUCCAAGCCUGUGCUGUCUCAAACGGGUAGCUGUAGCACAAGCUUCUACAAGCGUCUCUUUUCUUUUUGGUGCUGAAUUCAGACUCUGGAAAAAAAAAAAAACAGAUGCCUUACGUUUUUUCUAAAGACACUGGUACGAUGUGCAUUAGUGUUUUGUUUCUCCUCUUUGUUGUACUUCUUUUUGUUUUUGCUACUGAAACACAGGGCUGUACGAUGCUACUUCCUGUGCAGUCUGCUUGCUCUGCAUUGGCCCUCAGAGGAAUAGCAUCCCUCUCCAUAUCAAAACCCAAUGCCAUGUUAUUUAGGGGAGCGUCAUUGGAUCAAAGAAAGUUAAAUAUCCAGACUAUGGAUAAAUUGGUUUUGUAAGGUCAGUGCUCUGGUCAGGACCUUGCUGUAAAAUGCUGUAAAAUAUCAGUGUCCUUUGUACUGAUCGAUAAAGUCAAUGUUGAAAGUGAAUUAAGUUUUCAUGCCCUAAAGCAAGUUCCUUUUUCUAAAGUAUGAUGCCUGGGAGAAAUCUUUCUUAAUGAGGUUAUUUUUGAUACCUCAUCAACCUAUGGGCCUUUGUCAUGCUUUUGGUGAGACCUGACUGCUUGGGAAAAUUGCAAGUGUAGUCUAAGUGCUACAAGUGUAAUCAAAUCACUGUCGGCCAUUGUGUAGGCCUAUGCUGUUCAACGUUGUCAUUUGGCUUUAAGUGAUUGGUUGAUUCAACAAACAGGAGAAGCUGAAGCGUUCCUGUUGAGGACAUUUAUUUUUUACACUAAUUUGGACAUUUAUUAAACCUGCAGUCUAUCAACUUUCUUGCUUCCAUUACAUUUCACCCUGUAUGUGCCCGGUCUAUUAAUCCUAUGCAACAUCAUUUUGGAUUUCAAAUGGAAGCCAAAUAUCUUAGUUUUGUUUUGUUUUUGUUUGUUUUGGGUUUUUGUUUUACAUUUUCAGCACUGCCAAGACCAUGUACAUUGUGUAUAUAUAGUUUGUGAAUACUGUUUCUUUGUCACCAUGAUUUCCCAGGGCUUUGUCUACACAUGCAAGCACAAGAGAUGUGUAUGUUUUGUCUGCGUCCCUGAGUGAAAAUCAGACGUCUGGAUGUUCUAUAAUUAAAGGAGGGUUUGCGUGCCAGAUAUAUUUGUCCAUACUAGUCUGUUGACGCUGUGCUUUUUCCUUUUGUACAGUUUUGCCUUGUACGAUAAAGCCAUGUAAAUAUUUGCAUUCCUGCUGCAGUUUUGAUGACAUUUAAAGCCAUUUAUAACAGAGCUUGAAAAUAUGUUUGAGUAUUUUAUGGACGGUCUUUUUUUUUCAUCUGCCAGGUGUUGAGAGUUCAUCAUUAACUAACUGUAAAAAGAGCAAGGCCGUUGAACUAUGAAUCCAAUGAUCUCUGUACCAGUCUUAAAUUAUUUGUAACUCAAUAAAUGAUUGAUUAUUUAUUCAUAGUGGAAAUGAAUUGUGAUUAAGUGAUGGGAUAAAUGUAUUCUUGAUAUGGGGUUGUUUUGUAUUUCUGGUAUUUCUCCUCUUAAAUAUGAUAUAGUUAUUUUGAGAGGGAGUACAGGAGUCAAGCAUGCCUUUCCCAAGCAAUAAACAAGGGCUCACUUGUCAAA